GUCGCGCAUGCGUGAUUGCAUCGGGGAAACAUGAGUGGUGGCAGUUCCGUAACGGUGUCCCCGCGUAAAGGUGAGGAGUUCCCGGUUUCUGGCGGAGGCAAUAAGAAACGGGACUCGUUGGGAUCAGCGGCGGGUCACCCGAUUGUGAAAGAUGUUGGAGAAAUAUAUUCUCGGCUUUUGGAUCACAGGCCAGUUAUACAAGGAGAAAUCCGUUACUUUGUUAAAGAAUUUGAAGAAAAACGUGACUUCCGAGAAGUCAGGGUCCUUGAAAACCUGAAGAACACAGUUUUUGAAGCAAGUGAUCAAACUGUGCCAAAGUGUGAACAAGUCCUUCGUGACAGUCUAAGCGAAGCGCUCAGGAGAUUGCAGGCAGGCAAUGAGAUGGUCAUCAGGCUCCAGCAGAGAGAGCAGGAAGAAAAACAGUUGCAGAUCGAAAAGCUAAUGGCUGGUGAGAAACAACGUAUAGCCCAGUGGGAUGAAUUUCUGAAGGACCAGCACAGCCUAAGGGCGGUUCUGGAUGAAGAGCACACCAAAGCGAUGGAGCGCCUUAAAGAACAGUAUGCGAUCAUGGAGAAGGACCUGACCAAGCACACUCUUUAAGCGUUCUCGUGUUUCCCUUUUGUAGUUUCAUUAUUCGCCUGGUUACAACAUGUCCUCCAUCACAGAAUUGCCAGCACAAAGUCUCUGUUCAGACAACACAGCAGCAAUAGCAAAAACUUAGGAAAAAAAAAUCAGUGAUCACCGAAAAUGAUUUGUGAAAAUCUUAGUAACACUAAAUUCUUUCUUCUCAGCUUUUUAAAACUUCAGAUGUUUGUGGUACCAGUAUUCUUCCCUAUCAAACAAGUCUAGUUUGACUUCAUCCACUUAAAUUACCCACCUUUUCAGUAUGUCUGAUUUUUCAUGCAAUCGUAAUGAAUUCUGGGUCUUAAAAGCACAGACUGUUGGGGAAUGGGCAUAAAUUUGGGUCGGGUGAUAGGAUAAGCUUUUGUGAGAAGAUGUGAAAAGUGGAUUGUGGAAAUUUAGCUGUAAAAAACUCAGGAUGGCACAGAGUGGUGGAAGUAAAUAGUCUUGGGUCAAUACUUUCAUUAUUUAUGAUUGAUUACCAAGGUUGAUUACCAUUAUUUAUGGUUGAUUACCAGGUUGAUUACCAAGAGAGCCAGGUCUUUUGGAGGAAACAGUGUUCCUGUCACCACUUGUUGCUGUGCAGAAAAGAGCAAAGUAUUUUUUAAAACGCCAAUUCUUUUUGUCAUGUGUUUUUGGGUAGCCGACGGUACAAGAAGCGUCUGCCAUAUUGAGAAGUCCACCUGAAGUGGGAGUAAGCUCAGCCUGGUUAGCGGGAUAACUUCUGUCUUCUUGUGAACACUGCUAGGGAGAAUGUUUUGAGAUGAAGGACUUUCACACCCAUCCGGGAGGGUGGAGAGGGCGAAUAUGCUGCUGUGGUCCAAUGGAUUUGCCCUCCCUGAGGUACUUGCCGUGGCGGAGGGGCAGAUCUGCGGGCAGGCAGCCACGUGGCCCUCUAUGGCGGGGGAAUGCAGGGCUGAAUGCCGCAUCAGUGUCCCUGUGCCACCACUGCCAGAAUAUCAAGGGUGGUCCAGGGGAGGGGCCAACGCUAGUCAUCUUCCACUCAGUUGUUACCCUGUUACACCAGCAGCUGGGACCUUUUUGGCAGCAUAAAUCCUUUAAGCCCAGUGGCAGCAAAGCUUUUUUCUGUUCUUCACCACCCCACACUGCCAGCGAGCACCCUUGGGAAAGGCUGCAUGGCUGCGGUGUCACAUCCAGGUGCCCGGUUCUUUGGCUGCGGCUGCCCGUGUAUUAUCGUCUUCUUGCAAUGAGAUUGUAUUACGGAAUAUGAACAGCUCUUACGUUCAUUGCAAUAACUUGUAUUAAAUAUUAACAUAAUGGGUAGUAUGCAUUGUGGAGGUUGACCAGCUCCUAUCUUCAUUGCAAUAAACUUGUAUUAGAUAUUAACAUGAUGGAUAGUAAGCUUCUUGGUUAGCCUUACCUGAACUUCAACUUAAAAGCAAAGCAUCAGGAUUGAAUUUGGGGCAAACUGAACAGCGGCACAAGAAAAUCGAGUGUUUUAACUGUGGAACUUUCUGUAAAAUCGGAACACGUAAGACAAAAUGGCUCAUUAUCUGUGUUGCAAAUGGGCUAACAAUGGCUCCCUGUGUGAGGGUAUGGCUUGGUGUCAAGGCUCCGUCCCGGCAGCCUGUUGAUAAUGUGAUUAAAGCAAGCAGAGGAGAUGGAAUAA